AUGACAAGAAGUGGUUGUAUCUUCACACCACCCUUUUUAAGGAAGGACGUAGUUGGCAAUGAGGGAAUAACAACAGGAGAAACUAAAGAACUCUUGAAAGAAAAGGACGUGCAAACACAAGAAGGACCUAAAAAAGAGGAAAAGCAAGAAAUAUCUGAUGUAGAGGCUUGUGAGUUUUUAAAGUUCAUACAACAGAGUGAGUACAAAGUAGUAGAACAAUUGAAAUGCAUGCCUGCUCAGAUUUCCCUUUUGGAGUUACUUAUGCAUUCAAUCUCCCAUAGAAAGAUGUUAAUGAAGAUACUCAGCAAAGCUCAUGUGGAUCAGAAUAUUUCCCUAGACAAGUUUGAGGGAAUUGUUGGCAAUAUCACUACUAAUAAUUACCUCACCUUUACUGAUGAUGAGAUACCUACUGAAGGUAGAGGACACAAUAAGGCGUUGCAUGUAUCGGUGAAAUGUUUGGACCAUGUCAUGGCAAGAGUUUUAAUUGAUAAUGGUUCCUCAUUAAAUGUGAUGCCAAGAUCGACGCUAGAAAAAUUGCCAUGUGAUGGUAUGCAUAUGAAGCCGAGUGCCAUGAUUGUAAGGGCCUUCGAUGGAAGCAAGAGGGAAGUAAUGGGAGAAAUAGAGUUGCCAGUUCAGAUCGGUCCUUGUAUCUUUCAAAUAAUAUUUCAAGUCAUGGAUAUUAUUCCAGCUUACAGUUGCUUGUUGGGUCGCCCUUGGAUCCACUCUGCGGGAGUGGUGCCUUCAACGUUACACCAGAAACUGAAAUACAUAAUGGGUGAUAAACUGGUAAUAGUGUCAGGUGAGGAGGACCUCCUUGUGAGUGGGCCCUCAUCAUCUCAUUACAUUGAAACAGCAGAGGAAGCCUUUGAGACAGCUUUCCAAUCACUGGAAAUUGUGGGGAAUGCAUAUGUUGAACCAUUUUCGAUGAUCCCACACAUGUCUUGUGCUUCCCUCAUGAUGGCCAAGGUUAUGCUGAAAGAGGGUUACCAAUAUGGAAAAGGGCUUGGUAAAAAUAACCAAGGGCUAACUUUCCCCUUAGAGGUCUUUGAAAACAAGGGUAGAUAUGGUUUGGGGUACAAGCCUACUAAAGAAGACAAGAGAAGGUUGUUCGAAGAGAAGAAGGAGCGAAUUUUGGCUCGCAUAGAAGGUCGAGAACGAAAGAUAGGGAAGAUUCAAAUCUGUGACAUCAAGAAAAGUUUCCACAGUGCUGGAUGGGUUAACACUUGUCAGAUAUCAGCUAUCGAGGGAGGAAGUGGAUCUGAAAGUUGGAACUUCGUGCGAUCUUGCCCUACAGACGUGCAGCUGAACAAUUGGGAGAUAACAAAUUUACCAAUGAUGUUUAAUUUGGGAAAAAUAUAUGAUGAUGGAUGUUUUGAAAAUGUUAAUGUCGAUUUCCCUAAUUUUGAGCACCUCGUUGAUAAUAUUGAAGGUGAUUAUGAGGAUGAAUGGGAACCUUCCCCUGAAAUGUUGAGAUUAGUGGAACAAGAAGCUAAAGAGAUAAAACCCCAUCAAGAGAAUGUUGAAGUGCUCAAUUUGGGAGAUGUAGAAGAGAUAAAAGAAGUGAAAAUUGGCACUAGCGUAAGGAAAGAAAUACGAGAACAAUUGUGUGCUCUACUAAAGGAGUUCAAGGACGUUUUUGCUUGGUCAUAUAAUGACAUGCCAGGAUUGGAUACUAACAUAGUGCAACAUAAACUCCCUCGCAAGCCAGAGUGUCCUUCCGUCUUGCAAAAGUUAAGGAGGAUGGAACUAGAGAUGUCCUUGAAAAUUAAGGAAGAAGUAAAAAAGCAAUUUGAUGAUGGUUUUUUGGCUGUGGGGAGAUAUCCCCAAUGGGUAGCAAACAUCGCACCUGUGCCUAAGAAGGAUGGGAAGGUUCGAAUGUGCGUUGACUACCGAGACUUGAACCGGGCCAGUCCAAAGGAUAAUUUUCCAUUACCUCAUAUCGAUACUAUGGUGGACAAUACGGCCAGAUUCUCAUUGUUUUCAUUUAUGGAUGGUUUCUCGGGUUAUAAUCAGAUCAAGAUGGCGGUUGAGGAUAUGGAAAAAACUACCUUUAUUACAUUGUGA